CAGAUUUCUUGAUCCUUUUCAUAAGAAAUAUAAAGGAGAAAAAUAACAAUAGUAUAUAUUCGUUAUCAUCUUGCAGUAGAGCUCUUAGAAUUAAGGUAACAAAGUCCUAAGAGCCAUGGCUUUGACAUGGGCAACACUUAUAGUUGGUCUAUUAGUAUAUGCCUUAUAUGAGCUGCUAAACAUCAAGAAGAGAAAAAGGUUUCCUCCAGGUCCAAAAGGGCUUCCCAUUUUAGGACAUCUUCAUUUGUUAGGUAAAAAUCCACACCAAGAUUUACAAAAACUAGCCAAGAAACAUGGUCCUAUUAUGUAUAUGCGAUUGGGAUUAGUACCUACAAUUGUUGCCUCGUCUGCUGAUGCAGCCGAGAAAGUCCUCAAGACAUAUGAUCACAUAUUUGCUAGUAGGCCUCACCACGAGGCAUCUCAGUAUAUGGCUUAUGGCCAGAAGAAUUUGAUUUUUGCAAAGUACGGACCAUAUUGGCGUAAUAUGCGCAAAUUGUGCACCGUGCACCUUUUGAGUAAUCAUAAGAUCAAUUCAUUUGAGUCCAUGAGAAAGCAACAACUUCAACUUCUGAUUGAUUCACUUAAACGGGAAGCUCAUGAUUGCGUUGCUGUUGAUCUUAGUGCAAAGAUUACGUCCUUGAAUGCCAACUUGACUUGCUUAAUGGUAUUCGGAAAGAAGUAUAUGGAUGCGGACUUGGAUAAAAGGGGAUUCAAAGCUGUAGUUCAAGAUGUUGUGCAUUUAGCAGCAACACCAAAUCUUGGAGAUUUUUUCCCCUUUCUUGGUGUUAUUGAUCUCCAGGGACUCACUCGCAAGCUCAAAGAUCUUUCAAAGGUGUUUGAUGAGUUUCUUGAGAAGAUUAUCGAUGAUCACGUUCAGUCUCAUGACGAGAAACAAACCAAGGACUUUGUCGACACCAUGAUGGAGAUUAUGCAAUCAGGAGAAGCAGAGUUUCAAUUUGACCGUCGACAUAUAAAAGCUAUCCUCUUGGACAUGCUUAUGGCUGCAAUUGACACUUCAGCAACAUCAGUAGAAUGGAUAUUGACAGAGCUUCUUAGGCGCCCUCAUGUGAUGAAGAAACUCCAAAAAGAGUUGGAAGAAGUUGUAGGAAAUGAAAAGAUGGUAGAAGAAUCAGACUUGGAGAAUUUGAAGUACUUAGAUAUGGUUGUAAAAGAGGGCCUGAGGCUGCAUUCCAUAGUGCCAAUAAUGCAUCAUGAGGCCAUGGAAGAUUGUAUAGUCGAUGGCUUUCACAUACAAAAGGGAUCCCGAAUCAUGAUAAAUUGUUAUGCAAUUCAGAGGGAUCCAAAUGUUUGGCUUGAGCCUGAGAAGUUUUUCCCAGAGAGAUUUGUUGGGAGCAACGUAGAUAUUCGUGGACGUGAUUUUCAACUUUUACCAUUUGGCUCUGGUAGAAGAAGCUGCCCUGGAAUGCAGUUGGGGAUUACCAUUGUUAGCCUUGUGGUUGCACAAUUGGUGCAUUGCUUUGAUUGGGAGAUUCCAAAUGGUAUGCAGCCUCUUGAUUUAGACAUUGAUGAGCAGUUUGGGUUAGUAACAUGCAAAGAAAAGCCUUUGAUGGCUAUUCCAACUUAUAGACUAAAGGAAUGAUGCAAAUACAUUGCAGAUGUAAGAGAACUAGUUUCUCUAAACUUUACAUUUUAUUUUACUUAGCUACUGAUAAUAUUACACAAGCGAUCUACUCCAAAGUUUUGUGAUUGUUGUAUAUUUCCCCCGCUAUUCUACAAAUCUAUAUUGACAGUAAAUCUAUGCCUAACUAGAUGGGAAUUCGCCCAUAA